UAUGAAAUUUUACAUAAUUUUUCAUUAGCGAAUUCAAAUUAACUAUGCAUAAUCAAUACGUGGACCUAAAGCUUUUCAGAGUGUACAACAAACGAAUUUAAGAUGGCGCCUAAUAAAGUACAAAUUAAAGUCAAGCCUGAGGAAGAACUGGCAAUCCGCGGGGCCCACUUACUAGGUCCGUGUUUGGAAGCGAAAUUUGACGAACUUAAAUUCGAGAUUCUGAACAAAAUCGAUAAAGAAGUUGGAGAUUCUAAGAACGCGAGAGAGUAUAUAUCGCAGAAGUAUAAUGAAUUGUGCACUAAGAUACAGUAUCUGAGCGAAUUGGACGCCACGGUGUCAGGGUUCAGGAGUGACGUGAAGGCGAUCGAGAGACAGGUCGCCGAGCUGUCAGCUCGGGUUGAUGAUAUCCAGAAGAGGACUAUAUGCAAGGAGUGUCCCUCACUUUCCUCGUCUGUGAUCACCGUUACCAAAUAAAUACAUUUAUAUCAAACAGUUGGCCGUGUAUUUUAUAAACAGGGUUAAAUAAAAAAUAUCAGAAUGUUCA